UUCUUCUCUUUCAUUCAACAACCAUCAAUCGAUAAGGCGUCGAGGUUCAGCUCAGCUAUUUCGGGAUCGAUAUCGGGGACAUUUAUCUCAGUAAACCGAAACAGAUUGGAACCUCACCGGACCGCGCGGUCAAACCCGAGACAUGCCGCCGAUAUAAACACUCACUCACGACUUUUCCUUCACACCUUGACAUGCGAGUAGCGAACCGAACCACCAUCAGGACCAUCACCACCCAACCCAUCCACCGCCAACCAAAUCCCACCACAAACACCAUAUCCCUAUCCCCAUUCUCCCGCCGCACCCACAAAAUGGCCACCCCAACCCCCUCCCCACCAGCACCAGCAAGCUACGCGACCGCCCUGACCCGACUCGCCCAACUCCAAUCCAACCGCGCCGUAACCUCCCUCUUUGACCCCCCCAUCCCCACCACCACCACAACAGGAGGAGGAGCAACAGGAGCAGCCGGAGCCCCCAAAAUCGCCGACAUCAACGCCCUCGCCAUCCCCGAGAUGCUCGCCUGGCUGCGCCGCACCGGCUACACCCCGGCCUCGCUGGCCGCAUCCCCGCUGCGCUGCGUGCACGUCGCGGGCACCAAGGGCAAGGGCAGCGUCAGCGCACUGGUGGCGGGGGUUUUGGGGCAGUAUCACCACCACCCCCGCGGGGGGGUGGGGUUGUAUACCUCGCCGCAUGUGCUGUCGGUGCGGGAGCGGAUCGUGCUGGACGGGGAGCCGAUUCCGCGGGAGAAGUUGGGGCGGUACGUGGGUGAGGUGUGGGAGCGGUUGACGGAGGCGGCGCGCGCGGAGGCGGUGGUGAAAGGGGUGGUGGUGGAGGAGGGGGAGUUGGAGGGCCCGGCGACCAAGCCGUUUUAUUUUCGGUUCUUGACGCUGGUGGCGCUGCAUGCGUUCUUGGAGGAGGGGUUGCCGAGUGCGGUGGUGGAGUGUGGGAUUGGGGGGGAGUAUGACUCGACGAAUGUGCUGCCGAAGGAGGUGGUUACCGCGGCGGUGGUGACGCAGUUGGGGAUUGAUCAUGUGGGUAUGCUGGGGGAUACGGUUGAGAAGAUUGCGUGGCAUAAGAGUGGGGUUUUUAAGGAGGGCGUGAAGGCGUUUACGAGGAAGUUGCCGGAGGGGCAGGCGGCGGUGAUGGAGGUGUUGAGGGCGCGGGCGAAGGAGAAGGGGGCCGUGUUGGUAGAGGUGGCGGACGAGGAGGUUGAGCGGUGGGGAGGGGUGGAGGGUGCGAAGCUGCAAGGCCCGUUCCAGAAGUAUAACAUGGCGUUGGCGGUAUAUGCCGCGAGGGAACACCUGCUGCGGACGGGCGUUAAGUUGGAGGGACGCUUUGGAACAGAUGAGUGGUCGCUGAACGAUAUUCCUCCGGAAUUUGUGAAGGGGCUGAAGGAGGCAGCUCUGCGCGGUCGUUGCGAGAUCCUCAAGGAUGAGGAUGGCAUUGAGUGGCACGUGGAUGGUGCACAUACCGAUGACAGCCUCGCUGGGGUUGGGCGAUGGUUUGGGAGCAGAGCACGGGGCGACGAGGUGCGGGUGCUAGUGUUCAACCAACAAGAGAGGGACCCAGCCCCCUUACUAAGGGCGCUGCUGGCUGGCAUUAAGGAUACCACGACGUUCACCCACGCUAUCUUCACAAGAAACGAGGAGCAGAAGCCAGAGGGCGAGAAACGCGACCUCUCCAUCCAGAUCAGGGCACAGGAGACGAUGCGGGAGGUUGACGGCGCCACAGAAACAACAGUACAAGAUGCUGUGCAGCCUACGGUCGAGCAGGUCAAGUCUAUCGUGGCCCAGGCGAGAAAGGACGGAAAAGUGUGCAAGGUCCUGGUCACCGGGAGCUUCCACCUGGUGGGCGCCGUGCUCAAAGUCAUCGAUCAUGUUGAAUACUAG